GAAAAUGCCCCUUCACGUGGACAGGGUAAUACUCGAGCCUCUCGAUCUCUUCCAUACUUUCAGAAAAGAAGAAAAAUAACUGUUCCCUUUAGAUUAGUUUGAACUACUUAACCUACAAUAUUUAUAAAUAUUUGGGAAUUGUUGGAUUUAACUGCAAGAAAAAUGGUUGUGGCAAUCGGUUUUGAAGGCAGUGCUAAUAAAUUGGGUAUUGGAAUUGUCGUGGAUGGAACAGUUUUAUCGAAUUGUCGCCGCACGUACAUUACACCACCUGGAGAGGGUUUCCUGCCGAAGGAGACAGCUCAGCAUCAUAGGGAUAACAUAAUAACAGUGUUGAGAGAGGCGCUGGCCAAUGCUAAAAUAUGCACCUCCGACAUAGAUGUGGUCUGUUACACCAAGGGCCCCGGAAUGGGAGCUCCUCUGCAGUCAACAGCAAUUGUUGCAAGGACUGUGGCCCAAUUAUGGAAUAAACCAUUGAUUGGUGUUAAUCAUUGCAUAGGACAUAUUGAAAUGGGAAGAUUAAUUACAGGUGCCAAAAAUCCAACAGUAUUGUAUGUGAGUGGAGGCAACACUCAAGUCAUUGCUUAUUCAAGGAAACGCUACAGGAUUUUUGGAGAGACCAUUGAUAUUGCAAUUGGAAAUUGCUUGGAUCGUUUCGCUAGAGUAUUGAAAUUAUCUAAUGCUCCAAGUCCUGGUUACAACAUCGAGCAGAUGGCCAAGAAAGGCAACAAAUUCAUUCAAUUGCCUUACUGCGUGAAAGGCAUGGAUGUAAGUUUCUCUGGAAUACUGUCAUAUUUGGAGGAGAAAGUACCAAAGCUGUUAGCAGAAGGCUACACCCCAGAAGACUUGUGCUUUUCUUUGCAGGAGAAUUUGUUUGCUAUGUUGGUGGAGACUACAGAACGCGCUUUGGCGCACUGCAACUCUCAAGAAGUUUUGAUAGUUGGAGGCGUCGGCUGCAAUGAGAGAUUACAAGAAAUGAUGGGGCAAAUGUGCGAAGAGCGCGGAGCAAAGCUUUUCGCUACAGACGAAAGAUUUUGCAUUGAUAAUGGUGUUAUGAUCGCUCAUGCAGGUGCCGAAAUGUUCAGAAGUGGCUGCAAAAUGAAAUGGGAGGAUUGUUUCAUCACCCAACGAUAUCGUACGGAUGAGGUAGAAACAACUUGGAGAGAUGAUUAAAACAAAUUGAAGCCUUCAAAGCAAAAUUAAAUUUGAAUUUCAAAAAUAAACUUUAUUACGUUGGUAUAUCUGAAAACCUAACUUCACCUUAGUAAUUGUAAACAAAAUAUGUGGAGGAAAAAAUAAAUAAAUUGUUUACUU